AUGCACUAUCCCCUCACACAACGCACUACCACAUCAUACAACGCACUACCCCCUCAAACAACGCACUACCCCCUCACACAACGCACUACCACAUCAUACAACGCACUACCCCCUCACACAACGUACUACCCCCUCACACAACGCACUAUCCCCUCACACAAUGCACUACCCCCUCACACAACGCACUACCCCCUCACACAACGACUACCCCCUCACACAACGCACUACCCCCUCACACAACGCACUAUCCCCUCACACAAUGCACUACCCCCUCACACAACGCGCUAUCCUCUCACACAACGCACUACCCCCUCACACUACGCACUACACCCUCACACAACGCACUACCCCCUCACACAAUGCACUACCCCCUCACACACUCCCCCCUCACACAACGCACUACCCCCUCACACACUCCCCCCUCACACAACGCUCUACCCCCUCAUACACUUCCCCCUCACACAACGCACUACCCCUCACACACUUCCCCCUCACACAACGCUCUACCCCCUCACACACUUCCCCCUCACACAACGCACUACCCCAUCACACACUUCCCCCUCAUACAACGCUCUACCCCCUCACACACCGCACUAUUCCCUCACACACUUCACCCUCACACAAAGCUCUACCCCCUCACACACUUCCCCCUCACACCACGCCCUACCCCCUCACACAACGCUCUACCCCCACAACGCACUACCCCCUCACACAACGCUCUACCCCCUCAACGCACUACCCCCUCACACACUUCCCCCUCACACAACGCUCUACCCCCUCAACGCACUACCCCCUCACACACUUCCCCCUCACACAACGCUCUACCCCCUCACACACCGCACUACCCCACACCUCAUGCGUAUAACGAACAUAAUUGAGUAUUACAUUUGA